AUGGAUCUUCAAGCCACUUUGGAUCUCCUUGCCGGGUGCGACAUUCAAUUCCGCCGUGAGACCCGACUCGACAUCGCCCUGGUCAAGAAUCUGCCCAUUGCCCUGAUUUUCCUCCCGGCCGCGGACAUUCCCACCUUCGUCGGUGAAGGUCGAGUCGACUUGGGUAUCACGGGCCGGGACCAGGUUGCGGAGCACGAUGCGCAGCUACCGCCCGGGGAGACGUCAGGCGUGGAGGAGGUCCUGGACCUGGGAUUCGGCGCGUGCAAGCUCCAGGUGCAGGUGCCGCAGAAGGGAGACAUCACCGAGGCCAAGCAGCUGGUGGGCAAGAACGUGGUGACCAGCUUCACGGCCUUGACGCAAGCCUUCUUUGCGAAGCUGGAGGGAGUGAGCGAUGCCAGCAGUCUGAGCACCAAGAUCAAGUACGUGGGUGGAAGUGUCGAGGCGGCGUGUGCAUUGGGUGUCGCCGACGGCAUUGUCGAUCUGGUCGAAUCCGGCGAGACGAUGAAGGCUGCGGGGCUCAAGGCCAUCGACACUGUUGUUGAAAGCACAGCGGUGCUGGUCAAGUCCAAAAACACAAAGAACGAGCUCGUAGAGCUUAUUGCGUCUAGAAUCCGCGGUGUCAUCACUGCCCAAAAAUACGUCCUUUGCCAGUACAACAUUCCGCGCGAGAAGCUCGCCACAGCAUGCAAGAUCACGCCGGGCAAGCGGGCACCGACGGUGACCGCCCUGGAAGAACCCGGCUGGGUUGCCGUCAGCUCGAUGGUGGAGAAGAAGACCAUUGCGACGGUGAUGGACGAGCUGACUGCUGUGGGUGCGACGGAUAUUCUGGUAUUGAACAUUGCCAACUCCCGAACGGGAUGA